UUCGCAACCGCUUGAAUAAUGGAAUGUUUACAAGAUCCAAAUCAUCAGUCAAGUUUACUGAAUUAAAGCACGCUAUACACGACAAAAGAGCAAACUAUUCGCAGUCUAAUCCACACAUAAUUAAGACGUCGCGAAGAUGUGCUGUUGCAGUUUUUAGUAGAAAACCCACUGCCAAGGGCCACUGCAUCAGCGACAGCGACAUACUUCCACAAUGCGACAAUGUGGCAGGAGGUUCUCGAACCGAUGCAACCUUUAUCACAAUUAUGUAUAUAUUUGACGGAAGACCAGUCAAAUGGUCAGAAACCUCGUGGAUGUCCAUUGUUGUCGGCGUUUUAAUGCGACAGCAACUAAAACAGAGUCUUACAAACACAAGGUAUCAUUAUUAGCAACAAACGUUACAAAGGUAAUGUUGGGUACACUUGACAAAGCCUUAUGAUUAUGUAACAAGAACCUAGUGCGUUGUGCGCGUGCGACACAACCGUCUCGCACAAUAGUUCUUCCCUGACUGCCUGCUCAGCGCUCUCCCGGCGCCCACUGUCGUCCGCAAUCGCACCGCACGCCGAUUUGUCCCGAGAACGAUUAAGACAAACUCAUCUCCGUACUCGCUCCUUGGCUCGACGUUCUUGAUUACGACAUAUAUAUUAUAUUAUUCAAGCUUAGAGCAUAUCUUCAACAUGAGGUUGGAUCCGGCAAAGCAUUUAUUAAACUCUGGUAUUGCGAUAUCAAUCGACAUCUUGGUAUUUUUUACUUUCUACCAAAAGAUGGCUCUUUACUUACUUGCCUGUUUCCCCCCAUUGUAUUAAAAAGGUACAGAAAUAUGAAUAAAUAACAUACAAUAUCGAGAUCAGUUUAUUGGCUUCUAUUCAGUACCUGAACGAGAGUAAAAUUACAUUAUACUAACAUAGACCGAUUGAUAAAGAU